AUGCAUUAUCUUCGUUCGUCCUUCGUGUCGGCAGUCCUGCUGACAUGUCACCUGGUAACCGGUGCUCCAACAGCUGCAAUUCCAACAGAGCUUCGCAUUCUUCCGUUGGGUGACUCCAUCACGUGGGGAUAUGCGAGUCCUGACGGCAAUGGCUAUCGAUUGAAGCUGCUGGACGACCUCACAGCCGACGGUGACAAGAUCGUCUUUGCGGGAACGGUGCAAGGUGGCAACAUGACGGACAAUUGGAACGCAGGAUAUCCUGCGAAGACCAUCCAGUAUAUUGGAAGCCAAGCACCUUCUUCGCUGGCGCAGAACCCAAAUAUCGUGCUCUUGAUGGCCGGCACGAACGAUAUGAACUCGAACCCUUACAUCUCCACCGAGGGAGAUGAUCCAGCGGCUGCGGCAGGUCGUUUGAAUACAUUAGUUGGCCAGAUCUUCGACGCAGUUCCAAACACCGUAGUUCUGCUGGGCAAGAUUCCGAACAUCGCGGACGACGACCAGGAAGUUAGGACUAAACAGUUCAAUGAUCUCGUGCCGCAGAUUGUGUAUGAUCGAGCAAGUUCUGGACAGCAUAUUCAGCUGGCCGACAUGUCUGUGAUUCAAGCAAAUCAAACCAUAGAUGGCAUCCACCCGGACGAAGCCCACUAUCAGCUGAUGGGAGACAUCUGGUAUCAGGGAAUCAAAGGUCUACCGUCGGCUUGGAUCCAGAAGCCUGUUGGGCCAGACCCAGUUCGUUCGUAG